AUGAUUAAGGAAUUUCUACUACAGGACUGGGAAUCAGAACUACGUUUUCUGCUAGACUCACUCGAAAAUGAAAAUGGCCAACAAAACAACACGGCAGCAGGAGAUGAUGAAAUGGCACAAAUGGCAAGAGAAAAGAUUACAGCCAUUUAUGGAGAAGAGGGCCUGGAGAAAGAUUACAGUGCAUUGGUGGGAGCCAGAGAGGUUCCUGUGAUUCCAGGCACAGGCACGAAGACUCUGACUUUUGACACUGCCAAAGAACUGUCUAAAGGCAUUGGAUGCUACAUUCGGAGUGACAAAAAAUCAGAGCAGCAGUUCUGGCCUCUGGUGAAGCGAGUCACCAUCUCCUUGCCGAAGUCUCCAGCUCUGCUGGAGGGGAUUGUGCUGGUGGACCUGCCUGGAGCUGGAGACGUCAGUAAAUGCAGAAGCGACAUGUGGAAAGAGUGUCUCAGCCAGUGCUCCUCUGUCUGGAUUGUGAGUGAGAUGAACCGUGCCCUGUCUGAGAAAGAAGCCGAUGAGAUCUUUGAUACAUCAUUGAGAACCAUUGCCGGAGGAGGAGAGUGUCACAAUGUCACCUUCAUCUGCACCAAAACAGAUAUCAUCAACCCACGGGAGAUCAAAGCGUAA